CGCCUUCGUCUCAAGUGGCCCCACCUCAAGCAACCAUCAUUCCUUCGCCACGAUGCCGUCUCUAUCCUCCUUCCUAUCCAGCCCUACGCUGACUGCGGCGUCGUCUCCGUUGGCUGUCGAUGAGCUUGACGGUCCGUCGCGCCGCUUACUAAAGGCGCGCCACCACGACAUGGACAAGAUGGAGAUCCAGACGAACACACUGACUGCUGUCCUGCACUACGAGACCGUCAAAUUCACUAUCUACAAGCUGCAGAUCCGCAGCACCGCGCGCUUUGCUGACGCCGGCGAGUGGACGCUCAUCAAGCGCUACUCGGAGUUCUUCUACUUCCGCCAGACGCUUCUCAAGCUCCUCGAGAGGUGGGAUCUGCAUUUCCGCAACGAUAACGAGCGACUGCAGUGCAAGGAGUUUUCUUUAGCGGCGGCUUUGCUGCUGCCAUCACUCGAAAUCCCCACGUUCCCACGUAAGCACAUGCGCUGUGACACCGUCGCUAUCAUCAAAGAGCGACGCGUGAAGCUGCAGCAGUUCGUUCGUAAGAUGCUGGACGCAUACACCGACAUCUCUGUGUUUCUACACGACACGCAGUCACGCAACACCCGCGCCUUCUCAAAUCUCAGUGAAAUUCUGCAAGUCUUGGAGGGGUUCAUGGUCAUCCCACCGCAGCAGAAGGAGAUCAAUCGUCGUCAAACUGCUGCUGUAUUGGCGUUGGAAGACGUCGAGAGCACUACGUCGGCUUGCAAGGACCGCACAUGCUGCAUCUGUCUAAACGACUAUGACUCAGACGAGGAGGAGGCGGAGGCGGAAACGACUGAGGACAGGAUGGUACAGCUCCCGUGCUCGCACCAGUUCCACGAAGACUGCGUCAUCGACUGGUUCAACACCAGCACCACCUGUCCGCUAUGUCGAAAGCCUGCCUUCACAGAAGAACACUGGUCCUUCGAUGUAUCAAUCAACUAAGUAUAAUACAAUAGUUAGCGCCAAUC